GAAAGAGAAAAGGGUAGAGACAGACAUUCUGUUGCUUUACACGUAUUAUUACCCUCAGUCAACUUGAACGGACACACGAUUUAAGUAAAUGAGAGAAGAUGAACUCUAAAAUGGGUCAAAAGAGGAGUGAAGAUAAGGAUUCUGCCUCUGAAAUGAGUUCUGCAUCUGGAUUCAACUGUGUCUCUCUGAAGAGUGAUCGGUCCAUGGAUAAACCUCCUCCUGCCCUCGGUGAUGCAUCAGUGACCUCUGACCUCAGUGUAAUCAGGAGGAAGAGACCGCGAUCAGUAUCUCCAAAACCCAGUGGUGUUUCUCUGCAGAGUGACAAUUCUAUGAAUUUUCCUCCACUACUGAGUAAUGAACCAGUGACCUCUGACCCUCAGAGGAAAAAGAUGCGUGAGCUGAUCACACCAGGGCCAUACUCAACAACCAACUAUCAGAUUCCCACUAUACAGGACAAUACUGAAGCACACACACUAAAGACUGGAAACCUGCAGAGAGUCAAAGACCAGCACAAAACCAGCAUGAAGAACAAAUAUGAGAGAUUAUUUGAGGGAAUCAAACUCCAGGAGAAUCAAACCCUCCUGAACCGGAUCUACACCCAGCUGUACAUCAUAGAGGGAGAGAGUGAAGGAGUGAAUGAAGAACAUGAGGUUUUACAGAUGGAGAAAACAGCCAGAACAAAACACUCACAACACACUCCAAUCUACUGCAAUGACAUCUUUAAAGAGGAGAAAGAGCAAAUCAAGACUGUUCUUACUAAAGGCAUCGCUGGAAUCGGAAAAACCGUCUCUGUGCAGAAGUUCAUUCUGGACUGGGCCGAGGGAAAAGCCAAUCAGGAUGUAGAUUUCAUGUUUGUGCUUCCAUUUCGAGAGCUGAACUUGAUCAGAGAUCAUCAGUACAGUCUUCACAGACUUCUGCUGGACUUUCAUCCUGAACUUGAAGAUCUGGAGCCCAAGAUUUAUGAGGAGUGUAAAGUUGUGUUCAUCUUUGAUGGUCUGGAUGAAAGCAGAAUCACACUGAUGUUUUCAGACGCUCAGAAAGUUUGUGAUGUGACUGAGACUUCAUCAGUGGCUGUGUUGAUGUCAAAGCUGAUGAAAGGAGAGCUGCUUCCCUCUGCUCUCAUCUGGAUCACCUCCAGACCAGCAGCAGCCAGUCAGAUCCCCUCCAAAUACAUCAAGCGUCUGACAGAAAUUCAGGGAUUCACUGAGCCUCAGAAGGAGGAAUAUUUCAGGAAGAGAAUCAGUGAGCAGCAUCAAGCCAGCAGAAUCAUCUCACACAUCAGAAGAGCAAGAAGCCUCCACAUCAUGUGCCACAUACCCGUCUUCUGCUGGAUCUCAUCCACUGUGCUUCAGAAGCUCCUGGAAGAAGAUCUGAGUGCAGAAAUCCCUCAAACUCUGACUGAAAUGUACAUCCAUUUCCUGCUGAUUCAGAUCAACAUGAGGAAUCAGAAGUAUGAAGAGAGAGAUCCAGAGAAACUCCUGCAGUCCAACAGAGAAGUGAUUGUCAAACUUGCUGAAGUGGCUUUCAAACAGCUGAUGAAGGGCAAUGUGAUGUUCUAUGAAGAGGACCUGAUUGAGAGCAGCAUAGACGUAACAUAUGCCUCAGUGUAUUCUGGAAUUUGCACUGAGAUUUUAAGGGAGGAAUCUGUGAUUUAUCAGAGGAAAGUCUACAGCUUCAUCCAUCUGAGCGUUCAGGAGUUUCUCGCUGCUUUCUAUGUGUUUUACUCCCACAAAAGCAACACCACAGAGGCAUGUUUAGAUUCACUUCAUGAUUUACAGAGAAGAGCAGUAGAUAAAGCCACUGAGAGUGAGAAUGGUCGUCUGGAUCUGUUCCUGCGGUUCCUGCUGGGCGUCUCACUGGAGUCCAAUCAGAGACUCUUACAGGAUCUACUGACACACACAGAGAAGAGCUCAGAGAGCAUCAGGAGAAGCACACAGUACAUUAAAGAGAAGAUCAGAGAUGGACAUGGACUCUCCACUGAAAGAUCCAUCAAUCUGUUCCUCUGUCUGCUGGAAGUGAAAGAUCAGACUCUGUCCAGAGAGAUUCAGGAGUUUGUGAAAUCAGACAAACAGUCAGAGAAGAAACUCUCUCCUGCUCACUGCUCAACAAUCGCCUACAUGCUUCAGAUGUCAGAGGAGGUGAUGGAUGAGCUGGAGCUCCAGAAAUACAACACAUCAGAUGAGGGCAGAAGAAGACUGAUACCAGCCGUCAGCAACUGCAGAAGAGCUCUUCUUGCUGGCUGUAAUCUCUCUGCUCAGGAGUGUAAAAUUGUGUCAUCAGUUCUUCAAUCCUCAAACUGUGUCCUGAGAGAGCUGGACCUGAGUAACAAUGACCUGCAGGAUUCAGGAGUCAAGCUGCUCUCUGAUGGACUGAAGAGUCCAAACUGUCAGCUGGAGAUACUGAGGUUGUCUGGCUGUAUGGUGACAGAGGAAGGCUGUGGUUUUGUGUCUUCAGCUCUGAGUUCAAACCCCUCACACCUGAGAGAGCUGGAUCUGAGCUACAAUCACCCAGGACAAUCCGGAGUCCAGCUGCUCAAACACAAACUGGAGGAUCCACACUAUACACUGCAGAAACUCAAUUUAGAGAGUGGAGGAGAUUUCAGAAUCACAUCAGGAUUGAGAAAAUAUGCUUGUCAUCUCUCACUGGAUCCAAAUACUACACAUAGUCGUCUCGUCUUGUCUGAAGGGAACAGAAGAACAACACGUGGGAAAGAUCAUCAAAUUUAUCCUGAUCAUCCAGAGAGAUUUGAACACUAUGAGCAGGUUCUGUGUAGAGAGACUCUGACUGGACGCUGUUACUGGGAGGCUGAAUGGAGCGGCUGGGGUCAUGUUGCAUUGUCUUAUAAAGGAAUCAGCAGGAAAGGAGGAAGCGAUUGUCGGUUUGGACUCAAUGAUAAAUCCUGGAGUCUCUAUUGUUGUGACGAUAGUUACACUUUUUGGCACAAUAAUAAGAGCACAAACGUCCCCACUCCUUCAUCUCAUACUAAUAGAGUAGGAGUGUAUGUUGACGUGCCGUCCGGUUCUAUGUCUUUCUACAGUGUCUCUGACACACACUCUCUCACACACUUACACACAUUCAACACCACAUUCACUGAAGACCUCUAUGCUGGAUUCAGAGUUUAUUAUGAUUCUUCAGUGAUUCUACAUUUUAAAGACAUGAAGAAGUAGAAACAAAUAAAUGUUUGUAUAGAGCAGUAGUUCUUAGCAUGUUCAAUUCAAUGGGUAACAUGCAAAACAUGAUUAAUUAAUUUAAUAACCCUACACCCUUCUGGAAUAACUGAAAACACUGCAAACAGUGCUAUAGUGCAAAUACAUUUUUAAUGUGCAGUAUGUAGGAUUGACCUAGUGGUUGAAGUAGGUAUUGCAGUCCAAAUUCAAAGUAUUGGAGAGAGUUUUUUUCACUCGGCCCCUCCAACACCACAGGUUACUAGGUUGACAACACAAACAUGAUCGAGCAUGCCUGACAGUCAAUUCUUACAUUGUAAGCUGCUCAGCUAAUGUUUACAUUUGUAAGAUUUGAAUUGUUUGCUAAAUAAAAAACACCUCAUGUGGAUUUGUAUAACUGAAUCUCAUUUUGGAGACUUCUACUGUCUUCUGGAGGUGUGCAUUUUCGGCAGCGUCUGCGUACAUUAAUACAGCGUUCAUGACUGAAAUGUAAUACGGUGCGUUUUCCACCAAGGCAACCCAGGAUGCUUAAAGGUGCUGUAUUUUUGACUGCAAGUUGCAAGGUGCAAGUUUUUGACUCUUCUAAAGCAUAAAAACACCAUAACAUGUUUGCAGAUAUUUCAGAAACAUGCUCAGUGAACAUUCUUUAUCUGGAAAACAAUGCUGAAGUCAGAUAUUCUGCUUUUAACAUGUGUUUUCUGUGCCUGAACGUUGUCUUUGUUUUGGUCAUUUUAACCUGCCCAAUGCCAGUUUAGCCAAUUAUAUUUCAGCACCCCGGGUUGUCUUGGUGGAAAACUGCAUAUUUCAUUCAUUCAGUCAUUCAUUCAUUUAUUCAAUCAUUCAUUCAUUCAUUCAGAAAGGCUCUGAAAGCAUGCAUCCGUGAUCGAAAUGUGACCUCCGGUGGACAGUAACAGACUCCAAAAUGAGACAGAUUCAGUUCCACAUGAGGUUAUUAAUUAGCAAAUAAUAUAAAUAUUAGGAGCAGAAACAUUAUGUGAGCAGGUUACAUUGUAAUCUCGUGUCCUAACAACAUGCUGCAUGAAGAGAAACUCAAUGAUAAGCAAUUUGACUGUUUGCACCAGACGAAACACGACAGAAAUGUAAACACAGCCAUUCAGAUGCACAGAAUAGUGCACUCACUCACUCACAAAAUGGGAAGGUUUAUAAUCUAAUGAAUACAUAUUAACCCUCUUUAUCAUUAUUAAAUGUAGAUGCUGAAUCACUCAUGUGUUUAGUUCUGAAGUUUAAUUUCAGAGACAGUUUAUUUUAUUGUCCAGAUCUGAGCUGAACUAUCUGCUGCAGCUUUCAGUAGUAUGGCAACAAAUGUCAUGUAAAAUGGCAUUCAGACUCACAUUAUGAGCAUUUAACACUGAAUAAAGGACAUGAGCUGUACCUGAGCUGAUCAUUGUCAUAGUUUGUUCAACUGUGAGAAAUAGAAGCCGAUUCUAAUAUAUCAAUUCGAGGUGUUCAAAACAUCCUAUUAAUAUGGAGAAUAUUCCUUCUAUCACGUGUUGUUGCUUUUAGUUAGAACAUGGUUUAAAUGACUCCCUCCUGUCCUCAAUCUGGCAACCUGCGCUCGUGUUUGUUUUGAUACAGGAGUGCAAUACCUUGUUCAACCACUAGGUGUCAAACUUACACACUGCACCAUUAAAUAUAAUUGAGUAAACUGGCAGUUAGCUGGUUAUAGAGAUCAAAUGAAACCAGAUAAUCAAUUUAUUUUCCAGAAUAUUUUUCUUCUGCAUCUACACUGGUUUUGUAUGCUAUAGCACCACUUAAUUUUCUCUCUCUUUGGUGCUAGUGCAACGAUUUAUUUGACUUAUUUCUUGUGAGGUUUUGUUGUAAGAUUUUAUUGCUAGUCAGACUAUUUUCAUAGAAAUGUUUAGCUAACACUUUUUGUAAGCAAUUAAUACUAUUUUAUUCAAUUUCUACAUAGAUGUCUUAAAGUAAAUAAGAAGUUAUUGUCUAAAUCUGACAGAACAUGUGCCUGCAGCAGUUAAAUUAACUUGUAAACAUCAGAUCAGAUUAAAAUAUCUCUUUUUAACAACACUGCAGAAAACAAUUGUCUUAGAUCAAGAAGGGAUCUUGAGGGACCAGUCUAAAAAUGAUGUAUGAAAUAAGUUUCUUAUGUAAUUUCUGUUCUUAUUCCCAUCGCAGUGAAGCUGUACAUGUUUGUUGUGAAUAAAUGUUAAUGUAGUUGUGA